GGUAUAUUACGCAUGCGCAGUUGCCACUUUCCAAUUCGAUACUUAAAAAUUCUAAACUUCAGCACGCAGGAGGCUCCGCCGCCCGAAAAGCACCAAAGUCGCGAGCGUCCACGCUCAGCGGUGACCAACGAGAGCAGCGACGAUGGAGGAGGAAGGUCAAAUAAACGUCAAAGCUCUGCGGGCCAAGUUUCAAGAGGAAGCUCUUCUGGCUCAGUCCAAAAGCACUCGACCCGCCGUAGCGGAAAAACCCAAAAUCCUUCCUCCUGCUGGAGGACACUGCAGCUCAGUGGUUGGCAGUCUCAACGUUGCCGCAGAGAACAAGACAAGUGUGGUUCCCCGAGUUAUCUUCAGGGAUGAACUGCGAGCUUCUGGGGGGAAACGGACCAUUUCAUUUCCACCACCACCGCCGCGGAUCUCCCCGUCUUCUCGGCCCGCGAGCGCAGACGGCGCAAAAAAGCAGUCCUUCAAAGAGCGACGCAUGCCGAGAGUGCUUCCUGUCCUGUGUGCCAAAGAGCACAAGAGUGACCCGCAAGCCGCAACAGCAUCUCGACAAGAACAAGAGCCGGCGAAAGAAAACAUCCCGCAAAUAAAACCCAGGAAGAAUAAUUUGCUGCUCGCUUUGAAGCCGCUGAAAGUGUCAAAGUUUAGCACAGAAAGUGAAGAGGAACCCACAUAUGCUGAAUUGACCAGCAGGCCUUCCAGCGCUCCUGGCGAGCUGCCCUCCGUGCCGAAGCGGACGUCGGACGACGGCGUUUGGCUCCACGGAGACCAGUUAAGCGCGGAGUGGCGCCUCUCCAGUCCAAACGUCUCGGUCACUCCUCCGUCAGCAGAGGGCAGCGUUGACUCUGACAGUCGCGUCAUCAGCACCUUCGAGAGGGCCAAGAAGAAGUUCUCCCGCCGGCACGUAUCGAUUUCCAGCAAACCAAAAAGUCUGCGUUCCCCCGACGUCGGAUCGAGCGAGUGGGCGUUCCCUCCGCCGCUGAAGGACCCGCAGAACGUGGAGCCCGACCUACCGCCGCUUCCUCCGCCGCCCGUCGCUCUCCCGCACCUGUCUUGCAUCUCUGCCCGACCUUUCUCCAAAGUCACCAACUCUGCCCGAAAGCCUGCAUUUAUGAAGCAGUGUCGCCCGGAUAAAGCCGAAGCUCCUCCUGCCGCUGCUGGACUUCCUUCCCACCCAUCUCCUCAAAAGAAUCCUCUGCCGGACUUGGGGUCACUCGGGGCAAAACCAGGAAAGCCUCCCAGACCUCCAUUAGUCGCUCUCAGACAUUACCGCCAGCCUUCAAUUCGCGAGGCGAUAAAAGAUAUCAGCCAAGAGCCAGCCACGGGUCUGGAGUCCGAAAGGCCGAUCUCCGGCGCUGUCCCGGAUGCUCCCGUCUUUCCGGACUUUGAGAAUCCAGAGAUGGAGCCCACGGAGAGCGAAGCUGUAGAUAUUGCUGCGUUGGACCUCGAGGUUCUGGAUUUGAGAGGUCUUGGCUCUCCGCCUCCUGCGCCCACCGACCCUGGACCUCCACAAUCUGACGCGUGUUCUCCGGCGGGAACCGACGAAAGCUGCGUCGUCCGCCGGCUGCGACUCGGCAGUCGGAACGGAAUAGCUCCUCGUUCGGCCGUCUUCCCUGAGCCGUCAAACGUGACCGGGUGCGUCACACCGGACCGGGGCGUUCCGAGCGAGGACGCCGAUGAGGCUGAACUGUCGGCUGCCGAGUCCGCCCGAGACGAGAACGAGCUCGGUCUCCGAGCCGUGGCGACUCGCGAUGGGAUUUGCGCACAGACGAGUGAACGAGACUAUGAGUGUGAAAAUGUUUAUGAAGAUGUGGAAAACCUCAACAAAUUCUUCGUGUGCCAAAACUCGCACAAGCAAAAAGGCAACCCGAAGAAUCCAUACGCUGACGGCAACCCUCCUGCGAAAGAGGAGGCGGCGGCGGCGCUUAACAUUUGGCCACGGAAUCCAUGGGGCAGCGUCUCAGGAGAACAUCCAUCCCAUAAUCAGGUCUCCAGCCCCAACACGGCUGCCUAUAAGGAACGCAAGAAGAGGGAGAAGCACCGCCUGGAGAAGGAGAAAAAGGAGCAAAAGGAAAGGGAGAAGAGAGAAAAUGAAAUGAAAAAGAAAUUUAAAGUGACGGGCGACGAGGAGCCGAUGUACCACGCCAAGGUGAUGGUGGCCAGCAAACUCCGCAAGAACGACCUUCCUGUCAAAAGCGGGGACACCGUCAGCAUCAUCCGAACUACCAACUGCCCCAAAGGCAAAUGGCUGGCACGGGACGCGGGCAGAAAAUACGGUUACAUCUCGGUGAUGAACGUGGAGCUUAAUAUCAGGGAGAUGCUGGAACUGGGCAAAAAGGCCCAAGCGGCCGGACGGGCUCCCAACGUGGACGGUGACACCAUCAGCGUCGGCAGCAGAUCUUCAAGCCAUCUUGUGGUCACAAGCAGUUUCACCGAUGACAGCGAGGAGUGGGCCUGCGACGACGAGACGCUGCCAGCCAUCUACGACAGCCACUUUCCCCAUCAAGCAACGUCAGCGCCUGAAACACCAGCUGACCUCGCUGACACUCGGCGCACGUUGAGCGACGCCAACUUUGAGGAUCAGCACACACAGACAAGACACCAAGCCCUGCAGAAGCUGGCCAUCUUCUUCGAACACGCCAAAGACGAUUUUGGCGACUUUCCUGAUAGUGGCGCUCCCACUCCGACUAAUGCCGAGCCGACAAGCUUCUUGUGUGCUGUCGAGGAGCUUCCUUAUCCCGAACAGGAAGUGGACCUCUCCGAGCUGGAACUUAUUCCUCCGCCGCCUCUGUACGCCGACACCGUCUGAGAACAUCCGUCAUAAUUUGAAACGGUCCACUUGAUGAUGUGGCGUGUAUCCAUAACUGGAAGAAAAGCCGUCCCUCCCCAAUUUAAAAAAAACAAAAAAAAAAAAAAAAAAGCCUGAAUGACGCUACUAUUUUCUUUCGCCUUAAGCUGUACGUGUGGCUGUUUUCACUUUUAUUUAUUAAUAGCACAUCUGGAUCACGUUGCUUCUUUCGUAUUACGGAAGACGAUUUUGUUGUAGCACGAUGCAAAGCCCACGACUCCUCACAAGCGCAAGAUGAAGCGAGUCUUUUUCUUGCCCAUGUUUUUCUGUUUGCGUCUGAAAUGUAAUAA